AUGGAUCUUCAUUCGCUAGAAGAUAUGAUUCUUUAUGACUCUGACUCCGAUGAUGAGUUGGAGACAAUUGGGAUAGCUGUUAUGGAAGGGCAACAGCUAGCAGCCAAUAGUUCAUCCAAAUCACGGCAUAAUUCUAAUCAACGUCGCAAAUUCAUUUGGCGCAAUUCUUUGCAAGGUCACCAAAGACUCUUUCUAGAUUAUUUUGCUGAUCCACCAGUAUAUCCUUCCAAUGUAUUUCGGAGGAGGUUUCGAAUGAAACGUUCUCUUUUUCUCCGUAUUCAAUCUGCGGUAGAAGCUCAUGAAUCAUAUUUUGUCCAGAAAAGAAAUAGUGCUGGAGUGCUCGGUUUAUCUUCCCUUCAAAAGAUGACUGCAGCACUUAGAAUGCUCGCUUAUGGAGUAGCAGCUGAUUUUAUGGAUAAAUACUUGAGGAUUGGAGAAAGUAUCGCAAUGAAGAGUCUAUUUUAUUUUGUCAAAGCGGUGGUUGAAAUUUAUUCCGAUCAGUAUUUGAGGUCACCAAACAAUAAUGACAUUGCUAGACUACUAGCAGUUGGCAAAAGUCGUGGCUUUCCUGGAAUGCUGGGAAGCAUUGAUUUUGCAUCAUAUGAUCUUUGGAUAUGGCAUGCAUUUUUUGGGUUACCUGGAUCUCAUAAUGAUAUCAAUGUACUAGAAAGGUCCACUGUAUUUACUGAGCUUGCUCAAGGGCUUGCUCCUCUAGUCAAUUACACCAUCAACAGUAAUGAUUAUACAAUGGGAUAUUAUCUUGCUGAUGGUAUAUAUCCACCAUGGGGAACAUUUGUGAAAACAAUUCCAUGUCCACAAGGAAACAAGAAAAAACAUUUCGCUAUGGCCCAAGAGGCAUGUAGGAAGGAUGUGGAGCAUGCAUUUAGGGUGCUUCAAGCAUGUUUUGCAAUUGUGCGUGGACCUGCACGAUCUUGGAAUCUUGAGUCAAUUAAAGUUAUUAUGAAGGGUUGUAUAAUAUUGCACAAUAUGAUUAUUAAGGAUGAGCAAGAUGACAAUGAAGCACAAGACACUGAUUUUCAACAAAUCGAUGAAACCCCUUUGGCACAAGUGUCACAUGAGCGUACAAUCGAGCUUAUGGAACUUAUUCAACAAAAUCACCGUGUCAAAAACAAAGCAAUUCAUUCUCAACUCCAAUCAGAUCUUGUUAAGCACUUGUGGCAACUAUAUAGCCAGUCAUAG